AUGGCAAAGGGGCCGACGUUUCGGCCUGAUUCGCGUAGAUGGCCCGUCGUAUUGGCGUGUUUACGUGACGCGCAUGCGGAGUUCAGUCGCUUGCCGUCUGACAGCGCUGCAGAGCGGCGGCGCGCCCGGCGUGCUUUGGCGGGAGGCGCGCGCUGUGCUGUGCGGUGUUGUGCUGAAGUGUUCGGCUGCGCGUGGUUCCUGUCAAGAGACGUUGACACCUCUUCAGGAACUCGACUCCCCCCUCCCCAGCGGACUACGCAAGGGUCUCCUUAA